AUGCUCUUCUCACCCAUAUCUGUGUUUUUGGCUAUUGCAGUCUAUGGAGGGUUGGUCACCGCCAUGACCACCGAAGGAUUCUUAGCCCUUGAGUCUCGCAGUGCGCUGUCCAAAUUUGAAGGACCCGGCGGCGUGGAGGCGCGUGGCGCGGGUGACAUGAACGUCCAUCUCAGGGAACUCUUUGACGAGGAGGACCUUUACGAGCGAGAAUACUUCGACGAUGCGGCGCUUGAGUUUGUCACCCGGUACGGAGACGAUGCUCAGGAUCAAAAGCGACGAGAGCCGGAGCCGAUCUACCUGGACGAAGCGGAUGCUUAUGAGGCGAGGGAUUACUACGAUUGGCUCGAGGAGUUGGAUGCUCGAUACUACGACGAGCUAGAGGAAAGAUUCGACAUUGGCAUGUUUGAUGCUGAUGAUGUGAAUGCUCGGGAAUUGGAACAAUCUGAAAUUGAUGCCCGGGAACCCCGCCGCCAUUUCUUCUGCGGUACUGCCAUCUUAAAUCCUCGACCACUUAGUGACUCUUAG